GUAAAAACCUCGCCGGAGAGAACAUGCGUAACGGGAAUGGAUUCCGGCUAGUAGAGGAAGGAGUCAUUGAAGAGACUGCGGGAGGGAGACGAAGCGUUCGAGAACUCGAGGUCUGCAGUGAUCGCCGGAACAUGAUUUGCGGAAAAGAAGAAGCGGUGGUUCCCUCGGCAUCGACGCUCUCGUCACAUAGAUCUGAAAUCCAACAUCGAGUCAUCGACGGAUCUAUUCGACUCCAAAUCUCCGUUGGGGGAGAGAAGAAGACAAUGCAUAUAUUGAGAUGGAUAGUUGGGAAUUAAGGAAGAACUUUUCCCCGACGAAUUUCGGUUGUUAGAAUGUGUCUAUUGUUUAUUUUCCGGAUGCAGAAAAAGAAAACGGCGGCGGAGGAAAUACAGGAGGAGCUGGUAAGAGGAGAAAGGACUGCAAUGUACCCCUGUAUUUUGGGUGGCCCAAGAACUCGAAAUGGUAUUCCUCCGACUUCCCUUUUCCCCAAUGCGACUGAACUAUUAUGUAUAAGGCUCUUGAGAAGUCUUGAACGAUAGGCAGUUGGAUCGCAUGCCGUGAUGUUUGAUAGUUUAUUCUUUGAUGAAUUAUGUCUGCCUUCCUGGCUAUGAUGAUUAUGACGCCAUUUGGCAGAAGUACUUGUUGCUACUGCUUGGUCCAUCAUUCUAUUGAAUUCCAUGAUGCAUAAUGACUGACUGCACUAACUUGGUUGAGUAGUAGGAACUUAUGUGACCUCAAUCAUUCAUGGAUCUUUUUGUACUUGGGAGUCAAUGGGUUCUCUGGUGUCAGGCACCAGAAUGGUAGCAUUGUAUUAACUUAGUGUGUAAUCAGUUGUGCGUUAGUACUUUACUGGCAGACGAGGUUGUAAGCCACUGAUUGUUUGUGAACAUUCUUGUAGGUGUUUCAGUUUAAGCAUAUUUGCUGGUUGGGUUCUCAAUCUUCCAUUUACUCUUUCUACACAAUAUUAGCUCGCCUUGUUGGUUAUCGAGAACCGACUGGAGGGUGCUUGCAUCUCUUUGUAGGAUGUGUGUUCUGGGUCCGAUUGCUUUCAUAUCAAGUUCAAUUUCAUUUCUCAAUGACUAUACUCCAAUCUCUCUGGACUUUGUUUUAAUGUGCUACCUUAGUGCAACUCCUAAGGUCUUCUAGUUUUCCUUGUGCACUGUACUGUGGAUAAGUAGUCUAGCCAGAGUGGGUAUGGCUUUAGUGUCAUCAAGUGUUUUGUCUUGGUUGAAGUUAUGUUAACAACAAGAUCAAUGCUUUCUGUUAAUUGCCUACAGUCAAGUUUGUUCUAUUGUUCCCUAAAGUAUUCAGAUGAUCUUAGUCCCAUCCAAGUGAUCCAUCCAUUCUCUCUAUGUCGAGCGUGCAUUUGAGACAAUGGAUUUUACGCUUCUUAUAAACUAAUCUCCACAGCUUGCGUUGGAGUAUGAGAGGAAUGCGAUGGUUGUCGCCAACCACUGACGAUGAUGAGUAUGAAUUUGCAAGAGAUAUACUUGGCAGGUUCGAGGUCCCUGAAGGGUUGAUCCCAAUUCAGAUCCUUAACAAUGGCAGCAUGUGAACAGUGGUAGAGUGCAGGUUCAGAAGUGAAGUAGGGUUUAGCUUGCCGCCGAUCGACGGCGAAAAAGGGUUGGUUUUUUUGCUGGAAAGAAGGCUUGCGAGGUUCAGCUGUUUAACACGCAGAGUGGGUGACAGACCCACGUGAUUGAUUGACCCACCACCACCUCCACCGCCAGCAGCAGCCGCGGCCCGACCACCGGCACCAUCUCCUCCUUUUGCUUUUUUCUAAGUUGGCUUCGCAUCAACGCUAACAGCCAAAAGAAGCCAACCGCAGCAGUACACAUACAUACAGGCAUAUGAGAAUGAGACCAAACCACCACCAUUGAUCUCAAGGGCAAAAAGUUGCAAAGAGUUAACUAUCAUUAACCCAUUUGACAAAAGCAUACAUACCGCUUUCCUUUAUCCCCCCCUGUCGUGGUUUGCUCCACUAGCCAUCCCCAUUUUCUAGCAAGCUACUCCUCUCCUACCUAGCCUUCCAUCUACAUGCUAGUGCUUCUCUCUCUCUCUCUUAAUUUGAUUCCAAUGGUGAUGACUCAGACUCACCCAAAGCCCAAAAUCUUCUUCCCUCUAUCUUUCCCUUCAUUCGGUUGGCCACUACCAUUUCCUUUUUAUGCCUUUCUCCACUCUACCACCCAAUAUGCUGCUAGUGGUUCUAUUCUCUCCCCUCCCCUGCCCUCUCGCCUUUUCCUCCUUCAAACUUGGCCUCCUGAUGGGUUGCAAAACUGUUAGGAGCUAAAACAGAGCUCAAAACACAAGCAGGCCAAGUUAAAGCGCCAUGGAUGAGACUGGAGAGAGGCGAUCCAUGGACAAAGAGCAGGAAGAAUCGCCGAGAAGGCCGCACCCUGCCGCCGGCGGCGGAGGAGGAGACAGGAUGAAAAGAGACGAGUGGAGCGAAGGUGCGGUGUCGAGCUUGCUGGAGGCGUACGAGAGCAAGUGGGUGCUCCGCAACCGAGCCAAGCUGAAGGGCCAGGACUGGGAAGACGUGGCCAGGUUCGUGUCCUCCCGAGCCAACUCCACCAAGUCCCCCAAGACCCAGACCCAAUGCAAGAACAAGAUCGAGUCCAUGAAGAAGCGCUACCGAUCCGAAUCCUCCGCCGCGGCAACCGACGCCUCUUCCUCCUCCUCCUGGCCGCUCUACCACCGCCUCCAUCACCUGUUGCGCGGCGCCGGUGCUUCUGGUGCGGCUGCUCCACCACCUGCGAUGCUGCCGUCGCCACGACAGCAGCGCCAUCCUCCUCCACUGCUGCUGAUGGGGCCGUCGCCUGCACUGUUACCGGCCGUACAAGUAGUACAACCGCAACCGGCGCCUCCUCCUCCGCCACCACCACAGCCAUCACUUGCGAUUCCUUCGCUGCAGAUGGUUCCUCCUCCACCGGCGACGAUCGGGGCCGCGGCUCAGAACUCGCACGGGCCCACUGGUGUGGACGGAGUAGGUGGAAAGGAGGAAGAUCGUCAUGGAGCGCCGGACCGCGGCAAAUACUCGGCGGGUCAUGCUUCAGAGAGGAACACGGACAUGAGCGCGGCGGCGGCGGAGGAGGAGGACUCAGACAGCAGCACUCCGGCGCUGGUGCACAGUGAUGAUGAGAAGCAGCAGAAGAAGAAUAACAAGUUCGGGAAGCGGGUGAAGAUGAAGAGGAAGUCGUCAGCCGGUGGCGGCGGAGCAAGGAGGACGACGAGAUCGGAGUGGGGGAUGGCGGAGAGCAUAAGGUGGCUGGCGGAGGUGGUGGUGAGGUCGGAGCAGGCGAGGAUGGAUACGGCGAGGGAGAUCGAGAAGAUGAGGAUGGAAGCGGAGGCGAAGAGAGGAGAGAUGGAUUUGAAGAGAACUGAGAUUGUGGCCAAUACCCAGUUGGAGAUUGCCAAGCUCUUCGCUGCUGCGGGGCUCGCCAAAGGCGGGCCCGUCGUCGAUUCUUCCUUGAGGAUUGGCCGCAAGAAUUGAUCACUUCAGCAUACUUGAAGCGGAUGACUAUGGUUUAUGUUAUUGAAGUCUUGACAAAAAAACAAAAAACUUAGGGGAUAAUUCUUAUAAGCACGGGUGACAAAAGGGGAGAAAUAUUGGGUAUUUAUUAAUAAUUAUAAUGAGAAAAGGGGAGAGGCAUCAUUAAUUAGGGCAAGAAUGGUGGAUUAGGUUUAGGUAGGUGAAACUAAGGAAUAACACGUCAUGAUGAUCCGUCUCUCAAUUAAGCUUACAUGAUCCCUAUUGUCCAUGUGUUUUGUAAUGUUGAAUGGUUGAUUCUAUCUUUCCCCAUGCUAUUGACGGAUUACUGCUAGAUUUUUUUUUUUUUAUUAAGAGGAGGCAAGAAUCAGCCUAAAGGAUUUACAGGGAAGGUCAAGAUGGCCACUCCUAUCACAUCCUCCCUGAUUAAACG